AUGCUGGACAGGGCGCAGACGUUCCCCUUGCGCCCUACCAAGACCGCCUCGGAGCGCAAGUACGAGGCGUGGAUGACGGCCGAGGUCGCGCCCUUCUCGGAGCCGCAGCAGAAGCGGGUGUGCUACCCCAACCUGGCGCCGUGGCGGCCGCGAGACGGCGAGCGGCAGCUGAACGGCGACCUCGAGGCCGUCGUCGAGGGGCUCGAGGCGCGGUACCGGACUCUGGAGUCGGCGCGCGCGCUGCGCGCGAAGUGGUCCGUCAAGUUCGAGGGCGCCCGCCGGCGCGUCGAGGGGUCCGAGGUCGCGUCCGUGCCGACGAUCAUGGCCGUCGCCUGGAACGAGGACGACCGCGGCUACGGCCCCGAGGACGAGGAGCCGUGGGCGCAGGCUUGCCGCGACAUCGUGGCGUUUCUGAGAGAGAACGACGCGGCGAAUUAUGGGGUCGAGAUAGUGCACUGGGACCAGCUGGACUACCAGGUGGUGGCGUAA